AUGCACAUCCUUCAAAUCUUCGAUAGGCAAAGCUUUGUAGUUGAAAAUUGGAACUAUGAUUAUGAUGACGACGAUGAAGACGUUAUCAAAACGAAGCUAUUGACAGAAGAUAAACUGACGAUCGCCUGGAAAUUUUCAGAAAAUUCAUCGUACGUAUUGUUAUAUCUGAAGAACAAUAAAGACACAAGCGUAGCUUCUCCUUUUGCAAUGAAGGUGAAUUCAUGUCUUGCAAGUUCUCCAAACCUUUCUGAACCACAUGAAAUGAAUUCUGAUGAAAUAAAGGCAACCAUGAAAGAGAGUGAUAAAAGAUAUACAAAUCCCUUUUUAUCUGAUCAAGAGAAUGAUAAACUCAACUUAUGGAACAAUAAAGAAGAUGAAGAUUCAAUCAAUGAAGACAAUUUCACCGAUAAUCUUGAAGAUGAAAAUUUCAAAAAGGCGAAAGAGGUGUACAUUGAUAAAAAGGUGACAGAGUUCAUGGCAUGUUAUGAAGAGAGUGCUUUUCAUGUUGUUAAGGAUAUUUGUGUGGAUAACGGAUUGUCUCACGAUGAAAAGACUGAAAUCGACAAGAAAGAUCAUGAGUUAUCAUGUGAACAUAAUACUGAUACUGAUAUUGAGACUGAGACUGUUACUGUUAAUGGAGAUAAACAUGAUGAUAUGAGCGAAGAUUGUUACAAGAACACCGAUUUAUGUUCUGUAACCAAAGAUAAACAAGAUACUGACUUUCUUAUCCAGAAGCAUAGUAAUGAAGACAUGAUUGAAGGAAACUUUGAUAAAGAUAUUUCUAGUCAAAAUUCAUCAAAAGGAGAAGAUGAUAUAAAAGAAUGUGGAAACAAGGAAGAAGUUGAGAAUGUGUCUGAAGAUGAUAAUGAUUUGAAAUCUUUUGUGGAAUCUAAUAUUAUCCAGACCACAGAAAAUUGUAUUCAUGAGGUUUUUUCAGACACACAGAGUGCACCUAACGACAACAUGGCUUCAGCUAACAUCAUGUCGGCUAACCGGUUGCACCGUGGUGGUGGUGGGGAGACAAGUUUUUCAUUGGUGGGCCCUGUUUCGGGACGGAUAACAUAUUGUGGUAGCAUAUCUCAUCGAUCAGAUAGUAGCAACACUAGCGUCAGAUCCUUUGCCUUUCCCAUACUACAGACGGAGUGGAAUAGUAGUCCUGUAAGGAUGGUAAAAGUGGAGCAGAGAGGGUUACGGAAGCAUCGGGGAUGGAGGCAGGUGCUUAUGUGCUGUAAAUUCUAAUUAAGAGUAUUUGGUUUUAAUUAUAAGUUGUUGGUUUAGUAUACAAGAUCAAAAUCUUAGACUAGUUUCGGUAAAUAUAUACAAAAUCCACAUGGAUUAGUGGUUUUAGGGAUGUUGUUCAUGUUUGUGGUUUGUGUUUAGUUAUUUAGAUGAUUGGAAGUUGUCGUUUAAUUUAUUUGUGAGAUUGUUUUAUU